AUGCCAAGUCUCCAGGAAAUAGAAGACUUUCUCCAGUCAUCCGGAGAACACGGUGUUGUGGUGUUUUCCCUGGGGUCCAUGGUGGGAAACCUAACAGAAGAAAGGGCCAAUGUGAUUGCAGCAGGCCUCGCCCAGAUUCCACAGAAGGUUCUUUGGCGAUUUGAAGGCAAGAAGCCAGACACCUUGGGCUCUAACACUCGGCUGUACAAAUGGAUGCCCCAGAAUGACCUUCUCGGUCAUCCUAAAAUCAGAGCUUUUAUAACUCAUGGUGGCACCAAUGGCCUCUAUGAGGCGAUCUACCAUGGGGUCCCUGUGGUUGGCAUUCCUUUGUUUGCAGACCAGUUUGAUAAUGUUGUUCACAUGAAGACCAAAGGAGCGGGUGUUAGACUGGACAUUCUCACAAUGUCCAGUACAGAUUUGCUCAAUGCAGUGAAGACAGUCAUUACUGACCCUUCCUAUAAGGAGAAUGUCAUGCAGCUAUCAAGAAUUCAUCACGAUCAGCCAGUAAAGCCCCUUGACAGAGCCAUCUUCUGAGUUGAAUAUCCCAUGCGCAACAAAGGAGCCAAGCACCUUAGUGUGGCAGUUCAUGACCUCACCUGGUUCCAGUACCACUCUCUGGACGUGAUUGGAUGCCUGCUUGCCUGUGUGAUAACUGUGAUCUUCAUUAUCACAAAGUGCUGUCUCUUUUGCUGUCAGAAGUUUGCUAAAGCUGGAAGGAAGAAGAAAAGGGAGUAA